AAAGGGACGACGGACGGCGGUGGUCUGCGUAAAAAAAAUCCAAAAUCCCGUCGUAAUUUUAUCGAAAACCGUGUCUCUCCGUGGUGAUCUCGUCUCGUGUAUUCGUCGCCGUCGUAACCAGCGUGUGUUUCUGUUCGAAAACCUUACCGGUCGGCGCCACGAUCGAAACAAAUAUUGUCAAUAAUCUUCGAAAACCUAAAAUCGAUACAGUUAUGUGAAGAAACAAGAAAAGUUCGAACCCAAAAGAAGUGCAAACGAAAACGAAACAUGCAUGUGCUGAGUGUAGUGGUGUAGCUGCAUAUUGUGCAUUCGAAAUUCCGCCUGAAACAAUAGUUGAGAACAGGAACGCAUGAAGCGAGUGAGCACAUCGUAGUAGCGGCGGUAGUGUGAACCCAAACAGAGCCAAAGGGCAGGGCUGAUGAUGAUGCACAGGAUGAGUGCACCGACCGUUGAUGACGGCCAAGUGUUAGCGGAUGUCGCCGUCGCAUUCCACGGUACUGCGAUGGUGCGGCGGUUGUAGAGUGUGUAGCACUUCUGCGACCACAACACAGUAGCAGUAGUUGCCACUGCUACCGGUCCUACUGUCUGUGAACCGAUGCCAAGCAAUCAAGCGGCAGCAUCCCAAGCAAGCAGCAGCAGCAGCAGCAUUCACGAUUGAACGAGCAUCGCAGCAUCACGUCUCCUAGCAGAGGAGAGGCAGGUGGCGGAGAAGGAGAAGAGAGGAAGUGGAGGAAGUAGACGAAGAGGACCGUGUCGCUGAGGGUUUCACUGUAGAUGACCGGUGGCACAUUCGACGGAAUGGCGGCCCUUCAGCAACAUCAACAGCAGCAGCACCAGCAGCAACCGCAGCAUCAGCAUCAGCAGCAGCAGCAGCAGCAACCGCUGCCCAUGUCAAUCGAGAAGCUGGUGCGCGUAGGCUACUACGAGCUGGAGAAAACGAUUGGCAAGGGUAACUUCGCCGUUGUCAAGCUCGCCUCGAAUGUCAUAACAAACUCUAAGGUUGCAAUUAAAAUAAUCGAUAAAACAUGCCUGGACGAGGAGAACCUGGCGAAAACGUUCCGCGAGAUAUCGAUACUGAAGGUGCUGCACCAUCCGCACAUUACGCGGCUGUACGAGGUGAUGGAGUCACGCAACAAGAUCUACCUGGUGACGGAGCACGCGGCGCAGGGCGAAAUCUUCGACCAUCUCGUCGCGAACGGGCGCAUGAAGGAGGAGGAGGCGGCGCGCAUCUUCUCGCAGAUCGUAUCGGCGGUCGACUACUGCCAUCGGCACGGCAUCGUGCACCGUGACCUGAAGGCGGAGAACGUGCUGCUCGAUACGGACAUGAACGUGAAGCUGGCCGACUUUGGCUUCAGCAACACGUUCGUCGAGGGUCAACCGUUGCGCACGUGGUGCGGUUCGCCACCAUACGCGGCCCCGGAGGUGUUCCAGGGUGUCGAGUACGAUGGGCCCAAGUCGGACAUCUGGAGUCUCGGUGUGGUGCUGUACGUCUUGGUCUGCGGAGCGCUGCCCUUCGACGGGACGACGCUGCACGAUCUACGCAGCGUCGUGGUGGCCGGCAAGUUCCGGAUACCGUUCUUCAUGUCGCAGGAGUGCGAACAGCUGAUCCGGCACAUGCUCGUCGUUGAGCCCGAGCGUCGCUAUUCACUAAAGCAGAUCGCACACCAUCGCUGGUUGGGCCAGUACAACUCGACGCCCCUGCUCGCAGACGUCAACACGCAAUCGAUGGAAGCGGGUGAGCCGGGAGAACAGCAUCCGGGGACAACACGAGACGCUGGUGGCACGAUGCCGCUGGAUGCGGUUGUGAUGACGCACAUGCUACAAUUGCCAGGCCUUACCGCGGACAUGAUCGCCCAGUCGGUGCAUGAGAAUCGCUUCGAUCACAUCUACGCCAUCUAUAGCCUGCUGGUGGAUAAGCUGCGCCAGAAGCGCAAGGAGAAGGGCCGGUUGCAGCACCAUGCCAGCCUGGCAUUUGCGCGCUCUCGAAAGACCAGUAUUACGACGGGUGUGGUCGAUCGGACAGAGGUCAUCAAGAACGAUUCGCUCGAACGGCUCAGCCCGCUGACGAGCGUCGGUUCGACGAUUCUGAAUCUCUCGACCGGACUCGGCGGUACGGAGGAGCUCGAAAAGUACGAUCUCGAUGGUGCCGCCACCGCAGCACGGGACGGUAUCGCGGGAAGUCUCACGGGAGGAGUAGCCACACCCGGACAGGCUGGUACUGGGGCGGCAGUGGGCGGUAAGGUGCCGGAUGCGAACGAUCAUCAUCACCUAUUCCCACCAGGAACAGCGUCGGGUAUAGCGGCGACGUCGGCAGCAGCGGCGGCGGCGGCAGCCGGUUGCAAUGGUGGUGGCAACACGCGACGGCACACGGUCGGUCCGGGCGAUGUGGCACACGAGCAGGUACUGGUCAACCCGAAUGUGGUGCCGAUCUCGUUCAAAAUGCACGAAACAACCGUCAACCCUCCGACGCCAAACGUUCCAAUCAACAUACCGUCGCUACAGAACCAACCGAUACACAAUCUGACCAUCAAGGAUCAGCAUUUGCUGAAACCACCGACCGUCAUGGGAGCAACGAGUUCGUUCGGUCGAAGAGCAUCGGAUGGUGGAGCCAAUCUGCAAAUUUAUUACCCUUCAUCAUCCACGAAUUUUGCGGAUCAGUCGCAGCAGCAGCCGCAGCAGCAGUCCCAACAGCAGCAACAGCAGCAGCCACUAUCGCCACAGCAAGUCACGGAUGGUGCUGGACCCGGUGUAAAUGGCGUCGCGCUCGCCGUCGAUCAUCUGAUGCUGCAGACGCCCAGCAGCGAAGGAACGGAUGAUUCGAACGAUGAAAUUCAACGGUAUAUGCAUGGCCGUGGAUGUACUAAACGACACACUGUCGGCUGUACGGAUGAUCUAUCAACCGGGUGUUCCUCACCGAUGGAUCCACCGCAGGGGUCACACUCUCCCGCACCGAUGGCUGGUGCCGGGGGUGCCUCCGGUAGUUCUGCUGGUGGUGCUGGUGGUGGCGGCGGAGGCCGUACUAGACGUACCGGUCUGUUGACGGUGAUGGAACGUCCACCGGUGAUCAGUCCGGAUUUAAUACGCGAGGUUGAGGCACGCAUGAACCGCGACUAUUUGCCACCGUCGCUGCUUUCGUCACCUUCUUCGUCCGGUGGUCAGGCGGUACUGAGCAGCACCUGCUCACCCCCUAGUUCUUCAGCGGUUGCAGUCACACCGACAACGGCUUCCUCAUCUGAUACUGCCAACACUGGAUCGGCCGGCAGUAGUGGUGGUCGAGGUGCCCUUACUCCGACUGCUAAGCAUUCAUCAUCGCUCCAAUCUCCGAUCUCGUUGUCACCGGUGGUAGCCGUAACUCCAACCGGUUCCCAGCUGAUAACAGGACACUUGAUUUUAGGUAGUCCAAUUCCCAUCGCUCACCAGCAGCAGCAUCAACAGCAACAUCAUUCCACUCAACUGCAGCUUCAGCAGCAGCAACACCAACUGCCAGCGCAAUCGUUAGUCCAAGCGCAACCGAUAGUUCGCCGUUAUGCUCGAGCCUGUAAGCUACCAACCGUCCAGGAAUUCGCAGGUCGCUACAGCCCGGUACGACGAGCGUCAGAAGGAUCUCGCAUCACCUCGCAGUUUCCGGGUCCGUUCCAAGAGUGUCAACAGCUACAGAAGGGUCUGCAUGCGGCCGCCUUGGCACAACAGCAACAGCAUCAUCAGAUGCAGCAGCAGCAGCAGCAGCAGCAGCAACAGCAACCGCUACCGGCACAUCAUCGUAACAACAACUUGCUGAUCACUCCGAGUCCACCGCUGGCGGAUAACUCGGUUAGCUUGCCCGGUUCGCCGAUGCACUGUAAGGUGCCGAUGUUUGGCGAGGUCGCGAUCGAUCGACCACCGGAUCUCACUGUACCACAUGACGUGCUGCUAUCGUUGAUGCCAGCGCUUGAAAAGCUGGUGCUAGAGAACCGAUUACCGAUCGAGACGGCCAAUGGGAUCGUGAACACGCGUACCAUGCCUUAUGAGGUGGGCCAUCAGCUGGGCAUCGUCCGUGCUGGUGGCGUGGUGACGUCCGUCACUGGUGGACAUGUUUUCGAUAUGGGGUUGAAUGUGCUGCAACUACAGCAUAGCCAGAGUGUUUCACCGUUGAACUCGGUACUGCGUCAAACUGCUGCUACUGGAGGAGGAGCGGGAGCAGGAGCAAACGUUGGUGGCUAUCCGUUGUCCGGUCGGCCUACCGGCUUUGGACUACAACCAAGCUACAUCGCUGGAGGUGGUGGUGGUGGUAUGUUUGGAACGUUCGGUAAUGCUCCUUACGGUGGCGGUGGUUACACUGGCCAGUACGGUGCUAGUGCCGGUGGUACGGCAAGCGGCAUCAGUCCCACCAUUGGUCUAACGUGCCAUCCGUCGGGACUAGAGUAUCCUGGAAGCAAUAGCAACAGUGGUUGUCCUUCGCCCGUGUACUAUACUAGCGGAUGCUCUUCACCGAUCCUUCCUGGACCACCGUUGGUCAUGGGUGGUACCGGUGGUGCAGGUAGCUGUGGUCCUGGAGGUAGCAAUGCAACCCCUCUGUCUGGAAGUGCCUCUUCGUCGAGUGCUGUCGGCGGUGGUGUUGGUGGUGGUGGCGGUGGCGGUGCUUCACCGAUGCAUCAGAUCACCAGGGGCAUUAGCUCGCUGAAUACGGGCGGUGGAUCGAUCACGAGAGGAACGCCGGCAGCACCAGCGGCCCUCCCGCCAGUCUUCCCGCCCGCUUCGGUAGCCUGCAAUGAACCGCUCGAUCUUUCGAUGGACAUCGUGAACAGUGUGGAGAUCGAUUUCAGCGGUCGAGGGCUGUACUCGGGCCCCACCACUCCGGUCAACUAUUUCGAUCCCAAGGGCUACGGAUUGCUGCCGCCGGCACCGCCUCCCCACCAGACGAUGCGCAUCUCGGCGACACCACCAACUUCACCGAACAACUUGUGCAUUAUCCAGGAGGAGCAGCAGCUCCAUGGUAGCUCAUCGGGAACGGCUACGGUCACUGGCAGUGUGAGCACUGUUGGAUUCCGGAGUCAUUCGGUGACCGGUUCGCCGGAAGAUCUAAGCUUCCAGCAUACCCAUCCGCAGAUCUGCCUGACGGAUGUGCAGGGCAGCGAAAUCACGCUGGUAGCUCUGUCCGACUCGAGCCGCGGUGAUUCGGAUGAUUCGUUGAAUGGUUGCUGCGGUGGUGUGUCGGGGGGAGGCGCAAAUACCAGUAGUGCGUCGGGGUGUGGCCUUGGUUUUUCCGGUCUGCUCAUAACCGAUCCGCCGGGUGAUAUGCCUUCGAUAACACGUGGCGUUGGCCGUAAAGCAAGUCUCGAUACGGAGAACAACUCGACGGCGACGAACUCGUCGUCGAUGGCUACCAGCAUAACCACCACCAGCGGCUCGGCCAAGCUCGACACUUCGGAUCUCAGUGAAUCGUAUGUGCGGCGAGGCAGCGACAAAUCGCUUGGCUUCAGUGACGACAGCCUGAGCAACGAUUCGAAUCCCUCGAACUUAUCGCCCAGUCAGGAACCACCGUCGGCUUCCGUGUCGACCAGUUCCGGCUUCCGGAGUGGAGGUCUCGAUUCGGAGCAUGAUACAUCGGCCCGUCUGAGUCCUGAUUCGCUCGGCGAUGGUGCAUCGACCCGUAGCACUGUGGGUGGUCCUGGCAGUGGUCUGGGGGACGAGUGCUAUGAGCUUCCGUUGCCACAGGAGUGCUCAUCGCUCGAUUCGGCCCGCAUACUCGAGUUGGUUAAGCGAACGCUUGAUUCGACGAUGCCACCGAAGGGCUGCAUUUACGGGAGCAGCAGCAGCAGCAGCAAUGGGCGAACAAUGGUGGCGACACCGGCUGCAACGGGCGAUGCAACCGAUCCAUCCAUCUCCAAUGGUCGAUCUGCGAUUGGUGUAGCGGCGGCUGCAGCCGUUGCCGAAGGUCGCAGUGCGGAUGGUGCCGUCGGUGCCACGGGUACAGCAAACGGUGGCGAAGGAGGAUCGGCAGCAGGAGGAACGGAUAGUAGAUCGAAUCUUAGUCUCGAGUUCUCGGGCGGACUGCAGAUCGAACUGCAGGUGUACGAGGGCCGCAGCAAGGACAGCAAUACGAGCAAGGGCAUCAAGCUGCGCCGCAUCUCGGGCGAUCAGUACGAGUACGGUAAGCUAUGCCAGCAGCUCAUCACCUCGCUGACGGUCUAGGUUACGGUUAGAAAAUCCAGAUUCUUAGGAAUCUAUUGUGUAUUUUCGUUCAAACGCCAUGAUAAGCCUAUUGUAAGCGUUUCGUUGCUUAUCAUAAUCGUUUCGGGUCAGCCAGAGCGGGGGGACCGUAUGCCAAUAGUAGGAAGGCUAGAAGUUAGGUUAGUGUACUGAUUAGUGUAGCGAACGUUUUAAUGUGUUCCGUUAGAGAAGCCCCCGUACUACUACUAGGUCUUGGAUCUUGCUCGGGUUUGUUUUUUGUUCCAUCGGAUGCCAGACGAUGUGAGGAGAGGGAGUAUGGCAUUAAUUUUAUCACUUGAACCAAUUCCCUACCUAUCUUUCUCAUUCGUGCGUUGUUAGGAGGGAAGGAUUCUGGAUUUUAUUAUUAUUUUAAUCGUCUAUAGUUUAGUGCAAUGGCUUUAGUUUACAGUGAAUUCCAAAGCACUUUUUAGAGCGAGAAACAGGCCCACUCGCCUCACUACGGAUUACGGAUUCGCCAUUGUCGGGUGGAGCGUAUGGCGUCUUUGUUUUUGCAAUCUGCCUGAUAUCAUGCUGUGUGGAAGGCCUGUGACUGUUCACUAUAUUGUACGUAACGUCUUUUAUCGAUUUUAAUUUUUUCUUAUUUUAAUUGCUGCCUCAUGAGGUGGUUCCGCCGCGUAUGAUACCCCGCUACGAGGUAUGUGGACCUUAAGACCACCUGGCCGGGACAUGGCUGAUGAUUUGUGUUCAAACAAAACAAGAAUGAUUCCCGUCAAGAGUGUGACCGCGGACUCAACGAGAUUUAACGAGUGUUUGUUCCAGUUGUUGUUCCAGCAUCGUUUAGUUCUGCUGUGUUGCCUCCACCAAACCGAAUGCCAUUAAAAGGGGAUACGUUCCAAACGUGUCUAGGGAGAAGGGUUAGCGGGAUACAUACCGUAGCAUGUGAGAUACACACAAGCAAAACAAUAUGUGCAAUUUCUUAUAGCCAAUACAUUCCAAACAAAAGGUACAGCAAAGCAAAGCGAAAGAGGUGGAGAGAGUGUGGAGCCAGUGUCCAGCUGGUAUCAUUGGUACGUGUGUUUGUUUCUUAUCAGUUUCUGUUAGUAACAAAAGAGUAGGGGGAAGCAAGUUGGCCACGCAGCAGCAGCAGCAGCAACAGCAGCCAGCGCCGCAUAUGCUUUACUAGGCUGCGUUUAGGUCCGAGUUAGACUAUCGAAAGAAGAACAUUCCCCGAGAAAGAAAAUUAUAGUAGACUCAGCACACACACACACACACGCGCGCAUACACAGUCUUGCUCGCUAAACGCGAGUCAUCCUCAGCCGAUUUUGCUUUUCGAAUUAAACGCGUUAGAUAUUUAUUGAUCGACGAUCGACCUCUUGCGUUCAAUGCGUACGUCUGUGUGUGCGUUGGGGUGGGUGUAGGUUGUUGAGGGUGAACGUUCGGGGCGUGAUCGCGCACAAAACCAUCGUAGCACUAUUGUAGUGUAGGGGACAUACGAAUUGGAAGAUUGAGACCAAAACACGCGAGCAUGUGCCGAGCGAUCCGCUGCAGAGUUUCCGGUACACAUCGGCUUUGUUCGAUAGAAUGUGACAAGAGUGCAAUGAUGGGGAUAGCGGGAAAGGACAAUUAGCCAGGAGCAUUACUAGCUUAGUUUCUAUACAUAUAUAGAUAUAUAUAAUAUUACUUAUAUACAAAUAUAUAUACACAAAAACACACACAUACAUUAGAUUGUGCGAAUCUAGCGGCUAGUAUUUCCAAUAUUAAGGGGCGCAAAUGAGGGAACACGCUUAAUGCGGUACCGACCACGCGCGGUAAGGUAGCAAGGCAAGGAAAAAAUGAAGCAAAAGAUAAAAAGACAAACAAAACACACACACACACAUACACAGUCCUGAUUAUAUGAUAACAUACACACGCAAACAAGAACUAAAACAUUAAAGUUAAAGUUAGCCCGUAAUGUAUGCUGCGAGUUGGGGUGUAGAUGAGGCUUCAGCCCGUAACUAAAUGACCAACUAAACCGACUAGCAGAUGGCAUCCUCCUUUGUCCUUUCUCAAAGAGAGAACUGUGAGGGUUGAGUUUGGUUAGGUGCAGCUACUAGCAUCAAACAACAGCCACAACUAAACCAAACAGCCGCCAUUAUGGCCAUCCAGCAUGAAGCAGGCAUGGUGCAACACAAAAUACGUGGCGCACUUAGUAACGGCGGCAUAGAGACGCAGAUGCAGAUACGUUAAGGAGAGAUCGAGAGAUGGAGGUGAAAAGCAGAACAAAUUGCAAAAUCUUAUCAUUAAAAGACUGCUGUGAUUUUAACAUAAUAAAUCAAAUGAUAAUGGGG